AUGACUGCGCGCCACCAGAUAGAACUCGAUCUUCGGAUACCAACCGCAUCGGCAGCAGAUGUCGCUGUGCAGCACGGUCCGCCGGUCCAACAGCAAGGUCUACCCCCACUUCCCACUCCCACUUCCUCCACCAUCUCCGCCUCGCCGGUGUCGGCUGGUCAUAUCAAGGACAACACGGCACGAGUUGAGCUGAAGGAAAUCAAAGCCGAAGACGAUCAUAAUAAGGUUGUUCUUCUGCAUUCGACACCUAGACAACAAGUCGAAUCGCCUCCGAGGUACGACAUCCAGCACCAGUCGUUAUGCUUCUUUGUGAAUCUCUUCUGCCUCCAAGGAAGCAAGCUAUACUCGUUUCCGAUACUCGACUUUGUGCCCAGUCUCUUGCAGGAGUCUUCUCCGGGGUCGCCGCUGUCACUCGCUGCAACUGCGGUCUCGCGAAUGACCCUUGCCGACCAAUACAGUGGCAAGGAUAUUCGGCUUGAGACUGGCCGAGACUAUGGAGACGCACUGGCAUAUGCUGCAAGGAGCAUACGCGAUCCCACCAAAGCGGUCGAAGACGAGACCAUCAUGACUGUAUGGCUUCUUGGGACGUACGAAGCCAUUCAUGCCAUUCUCGCACAUCGUCGAGGAGACGGUGCACGUUCGCUCGAGGCUGAGUGGAAAUCUCACGUGAGUCAUAUUCGCGGCGCUAUGAACCUACUGAAGAUCAGAGGUACAUCGCAGCUCAAGACCGCUCGAGGCGAGAAAAUCUAUAGCAUUUUCAAGGCCGCCAUUCAGAUGAGGUUAUUCGUGCUCAACUCGGUCACAUCAUCCGAUUUCGCCGAUAUGGAACUCGAGCUCUAUCAGGAUGUGGACGAGUUCGUACCAUCGAAGACUGCCAACACCGCCACCUCGUUUUUCCACAACGUUGCCCGGCUGAUCGGACAGAUCAAGAUGUUUCUACUCUCGGAGAAGCCACCAGAGAGGAAGGAGUUGGUCUCCAAUUACAUAAGACGAGCCAUCAGGUACGCGGAACAACUGGACGAGGACAUGAAGGACUGGAGCAAGCAGGAGGACUACUGGGACAUGAUGCCCGCCCAAGGAGCAGCCAAGGGCACAGUCUGGGCACAGUACCCGUUGCUUGCACAGUCAUUCUUCUUCUCACCCUGGGUCUAUCUCUACUGGCUUAGGUUCCUCAUCGCUCGAGUCAAACUGUACGAAACGUUGAUUGAGGUGGUCAAAUACGACCCAUCGAACAGCACUGGGGCUGGAAAAGCCGAAUGGCUCGCGACCGAGUAUCAGAUUGCCAGUUAUCGAACUCGCAUCCAGGUCUCUACGUCCGAAUUGAUCGGAUUGACGGCGUACGCAAUUGGCGAUGUGUCCAGCAGAGGCACCUUCAGCGCCACGGCUACUGGAAAGUACCCAGGCAGGGCAUUCCAGGAGAUCAACGUUGUGGCCGCUUUGCAGUUGGUCAUACCACUGAAAGCGUGUUUGAGAUCUGAGCAUACGACGGACGACCAAAAGGAGGCCAUUGAUCUAGCAAUAUCACAAAUCUCUGAAGGCUUCAAACGCCAACCGCUGAAUCUUUCAUGA